GAGAUAAAGUGGUAUUUACCUCGUUGUAGCUGACAGUAUUCCGUAUUGCACGCGAAUUGAAACAUUAAGAUUCCGUUAACGUAUUUCAAGUGAAUUUGGUCCCAAUAUUAUCGAGAUCGGUGUUUUAUAUUUACGUAAAAUUACCUUAAAUAAUCUAAUUAUAUAAUUAUUAGUAUAAUAUUAAUUUUGAAGUUUGAAUAAAAGGCUGAAGGAUGAACGUUGUAAGGUUUGAAUCACGAAAGGUGCACGUGAGCUCAUUUUCUGUAACUACUAAAGACAAAACCUUCCAACAAAUUCAAAACGAAUGCAUUGAGAAGAAGGUGCUCUUUGAGGAUGAUGAGUUCCCCGCCACAGACAGUUCCUUGGCUUCUGAAAAACAGUUACCGGGUGCAGUAGAAUGGAAACGCCCAAAGGACCUUUGUGACAAUCCGAAGCUUUUCAUUGGCGGUACGAGCAGACUCGACGUUAAUCAAGGAUUUUUGGGAGAUACUUGGCUCUCAGCGGCCCUUACAAAUCUUGCGACCAAUUACGCGCUAUUCAGACGAGUGAUGCCUGAGGGUCAGUCUUUUGCAGAAAAAGAAUAUGCUGGGAUAUUUCAUUUCCAAUUUUGGCAGUUCGGAAAAUGGGUUGAAGUGCUGAUAGAUGAUCGUUUGCCUGUGUUUCGUGGCAGAUUGCUAUCCACGCAAUCAACGGAAAAGAAUGAAUUCUGGCCCGCACUGCUAGAGAAAGCCUAUGCAAAACUGUUCAUGACAUAUGGAGCUCUUGAAAAAGGUACUGCUUCAGAAGCAAUGGAAGAUUUUACCGGUGGAAUCACUCAAAAGAUUGAUUUAAGGAAAUCCACUGAUAAUGUCAUCAAGGAUAUGCAAAUGAGUUUUCAUAGGAACGCUUUGAUGUGCUGUGCAGCAGAACUCUUCGAAGAAAACCAAUCUGAUACUAGGAAUGGAUUAAAAAGAGGUCACUACUUUGCUGUAACUGGUGAAUUUCAAGGAAAAAUGGCUAGAAAUGCAACAGUGCAGCUUGUCAGAGUUCGUAAUCCUGGAGGUAAAGAGGAUAAAUGGACAGGAGAAUGGGCAGACGGAGCAGCUAAUUGGAGGCUUUUAUCUGACUCUGCUAAAAGGGAAAUGAAACUAGCAUUUGAUAGCGACGGAGAAUUUUGGAUGUCUUUUGAAGAGUUCACUUCUAAUUUCACCGUUCUUGAGAUUUGCCGACUGGAACCGAUUACAAACGAUAACCCGAAAGGAUAUUGGAAGACUGAAAAAAAAGAUGGACAGUGGAUCAAGGGAUUCUCAGCCGGUGGAAACAGUAACUUUCCAGACACGUUCCACACAAAUCCACAAUAUUUCCUAUCAUUGGAUGUACCAGAAGACAGUGAAAAAGAUACAUGUGCUGUUGUGAUAUCGCUCGUGCAGAAAGACAGAAGAUGGCAAAAAAUACGUGGACUGGAUAAUAUCGUUAUCGGAUUUGAAAUCUACAAGGCUAAUGAAAAACUGAACAAAGAAUUUUUUCUGAAAAACAAAUCGAACGAAAAAUCAGACUUCUUGAGUAGCAGAUCAGUUACCAAAGAAUUUUCACUUCCUCCAGGAGAAUAUGUUAUUGUUCCUUCGACUCUUGAUCCGGAUGUUGAGGGAAAAUUUUUGCUUCGUAUAUUUACAGGGACACAGGCUCGGGUAUCAACUGAUACAUCUGAAACAAAGCCUAUUGGAGGAACCAUGGUUACCGAGGAGGAAAAUUCGACAGUCGAUGAAAAAUUCAGAAAACUUUUCGAGAGCUUGGCCGGGAGGGAUGGAGUAAUUGAUGCGUUUGAGCUGAAAGAAAUUCUUACUACUACUCUGAAAGCAGAAAACGUUAUCGUAGAUAUCGGAGUUGUGAGAGCUUUGGUGGCAACAUUCGACAAAGACGAGGACGCCAAUUUGGACUUUGAAGAGUUUAAAAAAUUAUGGACGAACAUUAGAAAGUGGAUUUACUUUUGUGAAAAGCGUGAUCCAGGCAAGAGUAACGACUUGGAUGUCUACGAACUGAGAGAUUUCGUGCGGGAUGCAGCUGGCAUUUCCUUGUCGAACGGAACUUUGUCUUCAAUCUACUUGGGAUUUAGAAACAACAAAAAUAAAAUCUCCACCUCUAACGCUCUAAUGAUUGCAAGUAGACUGACCAAAACAAUGGAAAAGUUCAAAGAGCACACCGACGUAAAUGGUCCCAGUGCGACUUACGGAAAAGCAGUUUUCACCUUGGACGACUUCCUAUCGAUUGUGAUGCGUCUGUGAAAACGGAUUCCACGAAUAACUUGAAUGUACAUAACUCUUCAUGGAUGUCAAACUGCGUUCAUCUUGUAUAGAUUAGAAGUUUAUUCCGGAUUGAAUUUGGUUACCAGAAAUCGAAAUAUGAUACGGAAUCUGACUGAAUGGUGAUGGGCUUCCUGACAAUGUGACUUUUCCUCAGCCCAGAUGCUUCAAAAAGACAUGAUACUUUUGCAAGAUGUUAUAUAUAUAUAUAUUUCCACUAUGCUACUCAGAGUAACCCUUAAAUCCCAGGCUCUUACCCUUUUUCUAUAUGCAGCCGACAUUCUCAUAAUCACUUUCACCAUCCAUCAUAAUACAUAUUGGUACUCGAUCAUACUCAUGAAGUACAAGUAUAUAUAUAAUAAAGUAUAUAUCUUA